GAGACAGAAGAGGCCUUCUAGGAACCAAUUUUUCUAAUCUACGUUUCCAGUCGACUUUAUAAACUAACGGGCAGAACUCUGGAAGUGCGCGCACCGGUAAACCAUCGUCCAUCCUGAAGCACUUUUUGUGGUGAAUAUUGCAGCGGUGCAACAACGAUGACGUCCUUGGGGAGCAGCAGUUCCUCAACUACGGAGUACACUGUGCGUGUCCCCAAAAACACCACCAAGCGUUACAACAUCAUGGCUUUCAAUUCGGGUGACAGAGUCAACUGUUCCACAUGGACACAGGCUCGUAUGGAAAGAGACAUGAGUGCCCGACGAAUAUAUGGAGAGGAAGAGACAACAGACGGUGGAGCAGGUAGCGAGUUUGGCAAAAAGCAGCGAGAGGAAGCACGGCGGAAGAAGUAUGGCAUUGUGACACGUGAGUUCAAAGUGGAGGACCAGCCCUGGAUUCUCAAGGUUAAUGGGAAGGCUGGUAAGAGAUUCAAAGGUAUAAAGAAAGGCGGUGUUACAGAAAACGCAUCCUACUACAUCUUUACCCAGUGUCCUGAUGGAGCAUUUGAGGCCUUCCCUGUAUACAACUGGUACAACUUUACACCGCAGGCCAAGCACCGAACUCUUACUGCUGAAGAAGCGGAGGAGGAGUGGGGCAGAAGGAACAAGGUGGUGAAUCACUUCAGCAUCAUGCUUCAGAGACGUCUGCGGGAGCAAGAGCGUGGAGACGAAGAUGAAGAUGAGACAGAGAAAUCUGGGAAAAAGAAAAAGAAGGGAGGUGGAAGAGGGGGUGACCUGCGCAUUCAUGACCUAGAGGACGACCUGGAGAUGAGCAGUGAGGACAGUGACGGCAGUAUGGGUGAAGAUGGAGAAAGCAAAACAAAGACAAAAAAAGAUACAAACAAAGGUAAAGGAAAGAAGAAAAAGCGAAAGAGCAAUGAACAUGAAGCCUUGGAAGACAGUGAUGAUGGUGACUAUGAGGGUCUAGAAGUGGAUUACAUGUCAGAUGAAAGCAGCUCAGAUGAAGAGCCAGAAAAGGGAAAGCCCAGCAAAGGAGAGGACCUCCCUAAAGGAAUUGAUGAGGCAUCGGAAAGUGAGGAAGAGAGUGAGGAAGAGAAACCAAAUGACGAGGAAACAAAAGCGGAGGAAGAGGAGGAGGAGGAAGGAAAGAAAACUCCUGUCCAAACAGAAAAGAAGAAGAAAAAAGACAGCAGCGGUGAAUCGGAGAGCUCAGAUGACAGCGACAUCGAGGGAGAGACGGCCUCUGCUUUGUUCAUGAAGAAGCGCACGCCUCCGAAACGACCAGGUGGUCGUGGUUCUGCAGGCAGCUCUAGGACGGGCAGCCGCCCUGGGACACCCUCCAUAGACGCUGCCUCCACUUCUAAUACCCUUCGUGCGGCUGCCAGCAAGCUUGAGCAAGGUAAGAGGCCGAUUCAGGGCCCUGCCACUGACUCUCCAGCUGCUAAAAAGCUAAAGAUGGAGCCCAGCAGUCAGAGCCCUGUUGCUUCUGGGAAAAGCACGCCUCAACCUCCAUCUGGAAAAUCCACACCCAGCUCCAGUGAUGUGCAGUUAACAGAGGAAGCAGUACGGCGGUACCUGAUCCGUAAACCAAUGACUACUAAGGACUUGCUAAAGAAGUUCCAGACCAAGCGCACAGGUCUGAGUAGUGAGCAGACAGUCAAUGUGCUGGCCCAGAUCCUCAAGCGUCUUAACCCAGAGCGCAAGAAUGUGAAUGAUAAAAUGCAUUUCUACCUCACUGAAUAACUGGGGAUGAUGGGGCGAGGGUUGCUUUCAGAAAUUGCGUGUGUUUUUAAUACGAGAGAUGCCAUGCUGCAUGUGUCUCAUAACUUGGGCUCAGAGGUUACAACUGACAGCACUUUGCCAAACAUAUUCAAUUUAUUUUUCAAAUUCAAAUUUCAAAAUGUAAAAUAACCUUAAUCGAUUCAGCUCAGUGUGUCAACAGUUUAACUUGCAAUUUAAUGAAUGGCAAAAUGUCUUUGUUUUUGGAGAGAAUCUUUUCUAAUAAAAUUCUAAAUGUU